AUGGCCUCCGUCUUCACAUACGACCCUGAUCCGCCAAGGGUCUCUUCUCCGUGGUCCACAUCAGGAUCAACCACUCCUCGUCUCAGGAAGACUGCAAGUGGCUACCUAAGCACCGGGUCGCAGGAUGCCAAUGGCCCUGACCCUAGUGAUCCUGGCUAUUUGACAUACCAUGGCAUCACAAAACUCGACGUCGAACCCCAAGACGGGCCGAUAGAGUAUAAACUUCAUUUAUUACUGCGCCCUCGCCGGUCGUUUAUAUCCCUAUCAACAGGGAGUCUAAUAUCAGGGUCACACCACUCUAAAUCAGGCCCGGAUGUCUCUCAGUCGCCACAAGAACAUCUUGAUUCACAAUCUAAGACUCCACUGUCGUCGUCCAAUCAGACUCGGCAGCAUAGAUUACAUCAACUUACAACUCAGCUUCUGUGGCGCUUACAGCAAUCUUCUCCAUUUCAUUCUUCUUCUACCACGGCAGAUUUAGUAUUGCCGGUACUGCCAGAGGCAACUCCGACGUUGAAUGUCCCCAAAGCUCUCUCUCCUCUUCUUCCAGGACUGGAAGAGAGUCAAGGGGCCUUGUAUGAAAUUGGGGUUUCUGAUGACGGAACCUUCGUUGGUUUGGCUGAAGACGAAUUGAACGAGAGUCUAGUCAAUUUGCAAGCCAUGGCCGCGAGCUUGGGCUGUAAAAUCGAAGUUCUGCGCAAAGUUGCAGUGGGGUUCUGUGAGUGGCUUGAAAUUGGGACAACAGAUCAUAAACCCUUAACAGUUCGGGGUAAAUUAUGGGUAGCAGAAGUCCUGGUGCGGCCAGAUUUAAGGGACGGCACCGAUGAACUUUUGGUUGGUGAUGUUUCAGAGGCCCAGUCCCAGGACGAACCGAUUGGAGUUGCAACGCACAAAGCAGCACUAGAUCCCGCUCGGCUUACUGAGCAGCUUCACGUUGCGAUUAUUGGCUCUUCCGGCGCCGGGAAGUCUUCCUUGUUAGGGAUACUAUCCACAUCGUCCCAUGAUAACGGGCGGGGGAAAAGCAGGAUCAGCCUCCUAAAGCAUCGCCAUGAGAUCGCUACUGGAGUCACAAGCUCUGUUGCGCACGAGUUGAUCGGAUACUCUGGACCGUCUACAACAAGCGAAAUACCCAAGGUUGUCAAUUAUGCCUCCGGAAACGUGAGUGCUUGGAACGAUAUUCAUGCGAGCGCGGCAGGAGGCAGACUUGUCUUUCUAUCCGACCUCCCAGGGUCUUUUAGAUACAACAAAUCGAUGCUUCGGGGAUUAAUGAGCUGGGUACCCCAUUACGUGCUACUUUGUAUUCCUGCAAAUGGCCCAGGGAGCGCUGAGCCGGGCGAGAUCACUGAAGCCGACCUGACUCUUGCCUACCUUGAUUUGUGUUUAAAAUUGGAUCUUCCCAUUGUACUUGUUGUUACAAAACUGGACCUUUCGAAUCAGUCGACAAAGACUACCUUGAAUCUAAGCGUAUCCGCCAUUAAAGCAGCUGGAAGAAAACCAUUUUUACGAUUCCGUUCCGGCGAACCCAAUUCAGAUAUUGAUAUUCAAGCAAUAUCUUCAAAGGAUCAAGAAGAUGCAGACGCUACAGUGGCUUCCAUCGGCGACGGCGCUGCUGAGAGCGUUGUCCCGAUUGUCCUGACAAGCGCAGUGACAGGAGUGGGUGUCGGCCAGUUACAUGCCCUUCUUCGAUCAUUGCCACUUCCCACCCGCCCAGCGCUCAGCCCUCCUACCACCAUCAACCAACCACUUCUCCAUUUUCGAUACGAGAAAGCUUUUGAUAUCAACGAGGUGUUUGAGAUGCCACUGUCAAAAGUGUAUUCAGCGUCAAAUGAGACGAAACACCAGAACGAUACUGGGAUAAUCCUUUGUGGACGUAUGCGGCGAGGCACUAUAUCGGUUGGAGAUUGCUUGGUUGUUGGACCUCUCCAGCCGGAAUUGAAGCAAGAACACAAAUCUAGCGAUCAUUUUGCACAACGGCCAAAAGCAACAUGCAGCAAAUCAUUUCCUGAUAAUCUCACGUCUCUCCGGCUUCAGAGGCUGCAGUUGGAUGCUUCUUGCCCUCAUUUUGAAACUUAUUGGCAAGAAGUGCGCGUUGUUAGCGUCCGAAACCUCAGACAACCGGUUAGAUCGCUUCAUGAACAACAGAUUGGGACGAUUGGUAUCGACCCUAUCGAUUCGCACUGUUGCCUAGGGAAAAUUCGCAAAGGGAUGGUUCUAUCUGCUUUCAGUUCUUCUCCAGAGUCCCGUGCUCCCUUUCCGGCUUCACAGCCAUAUUUCCAUACCGGCUUUGUUGGCACUUUUCCGGCCGCUGAUUUCUUCGACUUGCCUUCUUCACCCACGGUUGGAAGUAAUAUGGUGGUUUACAUCCGGUCUAUUAGAGCUUCUGCUAAAGUAUUAUCAAUCCACGGCAUUGAGAAUCCGCAAAAUCGGUUUUCUGUAGCGGAGCCUGAGAUAUUCACACUUGAUGGGCCAGAUGACGAUGCGAACCAGACUCCCGAACUCGGUACCAACGACCAAGGAGCAGCACCUGAGGUCAAAAUUGCAUUUUCUUUUGUUUCUUCAGUGGAAUGGAUAGAGGUGCCGUCUCGAGUUCUUGCAAUGCCCUCGAUGGCCAGCUCCGCCACUAUGGCAAUGAGCACUUCCCCGUCAUCCUCAACGAGGGGAACACAGAGCUUGAGAGGCCUUGUGGGAUGGGUAUGUGAUAUUGUGCAUGUUUGA